AUAACCAAAGAAAAACUAAAAAACAAUCGAAAAAAAUAAUUAUAAUCAUACACAUCACUUGAAUUCCAAAUAAUUUAUUUCAUAAAGUAAAACUAAUUCCUGACUUCUCAUUUUUAAUGAAGAUUAGUCUAUAAUUAUCAAUAAUUUAACUAAAUAAAUUAACGAAACACCCAUAAAAAAAAACAAUUUUCUGAUUAUCAACAAGAUAUAAAAUGGAGGAAAAAGAUAAAAAGGAAAAGAGAGAGGAAUACAAGUGUGAAAUAGAAUUAACCUCAGAGAAAUUUGUAAUUAUCUUUAUAUAUAUCAGGAAUAACUUCCAAAAAAGUUGAUUUAAAUUAAACUAAUGAUGAAAGUGUAGGGAGAGUCUAAAGACUCAGUGAGUAGCAGGAGAUUUCUUCCCUUUUUGUUUUCUUUUCUUUCCAUUUAUAUAAGUAAACCAUGUCAAAAUAUAAAGAAUAGAUGAACGUCUGAAUUCGGGCGGAUCCUCUAGUCUCAUAAAAUGGAGUGCUUAGAUUUGGUAUAUGGAAAAAACCUCUUGAGAAGGCAACCCCAAAUUUCUUUCUUUCUUUCUCACUCUCCAUAAACCACAGCCAUUAAAACCAAACCACAACUUCAAACCAAUUACUCCAUCAAAAAAGCCCAUCAAAACAAACGUUACUUCAUUCCAAAAGACAGAAAAAAAACAAGAAAAAAGAAAAAGAAAAAGAAAAGAAAGAAAGAAAGAACAGCCUUUCUUCCCACAUACUCUCUGUCUUCCCCCUGAUCUGUAACCAUGAAGAGCAUGGAUCACCAACUACGCUCACAAUCAAAGGCUUCUAUCAAGCUCAUCAAUGGCCAAAUAAUUCACUGCCAUAACUUCAUCUUCUAUUUCUUCCUCUUCGGGUGUGGCAUAGCCUUUGUUUUAACUCUCAGUUUCUAUCUCAAAGACAUUUCCUUCGUCAACUUUCAACUCAACCAAAGCUCUCUAUCCAACUCCUCAUUUUCUCUCAUCUCUCCUUCUCCUCUUUCACUACCUUCCACUUCCAAUGAUGAAACAACUCCGAAAGCUCGAAUCGGUCUAAAAGGGUUCCUGACACCGCCUAAUGUUUCUCAUGAUAUGGAAGAUGAGGAGCUCUUAUGGAGAGCAUCAAUGGCCCCUCGUGUUCUUGAAUUUCCAUUCAAACGUGUUCCAAAGAUUGCAUUCUUGUUCUUGACAAGAGGCCCUCUGCCUUUUGCUCCUUUGUGGGAAUUGUUCUUUAAGGGUCAUGAAGGCUUUUAUUCAAUAUAUGUCCAUUGUAAUCCAUCUUUCAAUGGUUCGUUGCCGUCUCCAAAUUCUGUAUUCCAUGGCAGAAUGAUCCCAAGCAAGGAGGUGCAAUGGGGAAUGUUUACAAUGGUUGAAGCUGAGCGACGCCUAUUAGCGAAUGCUUUGUUGGAUUUCUCUAACCAACGUUUUGUUCUCCUUUCGGAGUCUUGCAUUCCCCUAUUCAACCUCUCUACAAUUUACCAUUACUUAAUGGGUUCAAAAAAAUCUUAUGUAGAAGUUUACGACUUAUCGACUUCAGUUGGCCGUGGCCGAUACAAUCCUAGAAUGAGACCUACGGUUCGACUCAGUCAAUGGCGAAAAGGCUCUCAGUGGUUUGAGAUGGAUCGCAGUCUCGCAAUCGAGGUAGUAUCCGAUAGGAAAUAUUUUUCGACAUUUCGAAAAUUAUGCAAAGGUUCAUGUUACAGCGACGAACAUUAUUUGCCAACACUUAUUAAUAUCAAAUUUUGGAAAAGGAAUACAAAUAGGACUUUGACAUGGGUUGACUGGUCGAAGGGUGGGCCCCAUCCUAAUAAGUUUGGAAGACUGAGUGUCACUGAAGAAUUCUUGGAGAGGCUAAGGAAAGGAUUUGUAUGUACUUACAAUGGGAAGACAAGUCAUAUUUGCUUCUUGUUUGCAAGAAAAUUCAUGCCUAACGCUUUGGAUAGAUUGUUGAGAUUUUCUCCUAAGAUUAUGCAAUUUUAGUUCAUUUCCUUUUU